GGGCCGAUCGCACGGCUCACUUGCCGACUCGAUCUUGUGUGGUGUGUGCGCAUAAUAUAAGUUAAACUUUUUUCCCAACCGUUUGUGUGGUAUUUGAGCAACGUUGGAGCCGCGUUUUAGUUGACUGCUAAGUGCAUUCAGGCGAACGGCUUGCGUUUGUCGGCUUCGCACGGUCGUUCGGCGCGAUCGCUGAUCGCAUUGCAAAGUACAACGCGCGCUUUGUUUUUUCAGCAACAAAAGUAGAGUCUACAAAUAUAAAUAAUAUUGCGCUCAAGUAAAAAUAGAACGCGCGAAAAAGAGUUUAUAAUUACAAGGUAAAAAGAAGGCAAACACGAGAACUUUACAGUCGUUUUUUAACAUACCAAAGGAGGCGUAUCCAAAGGCAGACACACGCACACAGGGUUGUUUACGGCGUCGAGUGUGUUGAGUGCAUUGCGAACGUCGACAUUUGUGAGCCGAAAUUGAAACGCCGCGCAACUUUCGGCAACUGCUGAAUGGGCAGUUUUCUUUUCGCGCAGAAAAUAUAAAAACUAAACAAGAAUCCAAAGUGAAAAUGAGCAAAAAACGAAAGCCAAGAACUUGUGCACAUUGGACCGCAAAACGCGCUGACCGAGCGCUUGCCCCAAGCCGCCGCGACGUCAUCUGGGUUCAACGGGUAGCAGCCGCAUUCAGAGCCUACGAAGGACCAAAAUGCGUCGCCUCCGCUCGAAGAUAGCUGGUGCUGGGAGCCAGAUAGCGUCAAAUUCGACAACGACCACUCGUCCCAAUCCUCGAGCAGUGGCAAUGGCAAUGAAAUGGUCAACAUUACCCUGGAGGAGGUACCGCUGGGUCAUAGCGCGCAGACUUCCUCCAGGAAACGUGGUGCCAAUGAACAGACCGCUACGCUACAGAAGCGCAACAAGCAGUUGGAGGAGGAGAAUAAACAGCUGAGUUUGUCUCUCGAUGAGUUGGAUAGUCAACAUAAUCUGGCCAUGCAGAAUGUGCUUGAGCUGAAAACUGAACUUCAGGAGAAACUCAGUGCUGUCACCACUAGCUAUGAGGCCUUGAAAAAGGAGCACGCUGACAAAUUCAUUAACAGUGAACUCGAGAUGGCGCGUUUAAAGAAGCAGUUGGAUAGUACGAUGCAGCAGCAGAAAGGUUUGGAGUCCGAGAACCAGCAGUUGCAGAUGCAGGUCACCAACUAUGAAGCCGAGGUAAAGAAGUCCAUUGAAGACAUGGCCGAUUUGCAGGCGCUGCUCGAUAAGAAGACGCAAGAUAAUGUGGAAUUAAUUGAAAAGGUUAAGUCAGCUGGGCGCCUAGCAGAUAAGUCUGCAGACCAACUGAUGGAGCUACAACAGCGUGUGGACCAGCUAACGAAAGAGCUAGAGGAUGCAAAGCAAGUAAAAGAGAAGAAAACAUCCGAGUCUUCAACCAGUUCAAUGGGCAAACACAGUGACGACGAAUUCAUUGUGGUGCGUGACGGUGAUGCCAACUCAUCUGGUCCAGCCACGCCGCCCACAAAGGAGGAGCUUAAGGACAAGAUUGUGCAAUUAGAAAAUCGCGUUUCAGAAUUGACAUUGGAAAACGGCAGUUUAGCGCUAAAACUGCAGGACAGUGAGAUGGAGAAACAGCUGGCGUUGACGGUAAUGCGUGAGAAUGUGCAAGAGCUGCGGACGCGUUGUGAAGAAACUGAUACAGCUCUCAAGUUAGCAAGAGAAGAACUCGAAGAACAACAAGAAAAUUUGGAGUCUUUGAAAGAAAAGGCGGCGGAAGCUGUCAUCGCGCAACAACAAUUAAAAGCUUUGGCCGAGGAGAAAGGCAAGAUCGAAACAGAGAUAUUAAAUAUGAAGGAAAAUUUGCAGAACGUUUUAGAACUGGAGAAGAGACUGUUGUUUUCCGAGAGUGAAAAAGAAACUCUUCAGAUAGAGUUACAGAGAGUGCGUGCUACACAGGAGCGAAUCACAGAGUUAGAAAGUAAAGUUCAAAAUCUCAUAGUGGAAAAUCAACAAUUACGCCUGAAUGCAGAAGCCGAAACCGAGACGCAGAAUUACAGCGCGGAGUUAGCCGAACGCAUCAAAUCAUUGAAUGAGGAAAACGAAACCUUGCGCGCCGAAAUAGAGUCUAUAGCACAUUCGAAGUUUAGUGAAGCCAUUGCAGAAGAGAAGCAAGAAAUCACUGAUCUAGAUGCCGACGACGAUGAGCCCCUGACUGUUGACAAAAUAAAAGAGCUGCUUAGCUCACACAUCAAGUCAAAACUCACCGGUGAAAUGGAGGAGGCCUGUCGGGCAGUGCAAGAACGUAUUACUAGAACCGUUAACGAAAUGGAACGCAAAAUAUCUCGUUUGUCCGAAGAACUACUCGAUCUGCAGGAUAGUAAACUAGUUUGGGACCAUGAGAAAAAGACGCUAGAAGCAGACAUUUCACAAUACAUACUACAAUGUGAUGAGCUAAUGAAGAACAACGAGAUACUGCUGAACGAGUUAGAGAACUAUAAGCGCAACAAGCUCGAGACGAUACAGGAGCACAAUGAGCAGAGCGUUAUGGAUUUAGAAGCCGAGUUAGAAGAAGCCUCGAAAAUGAACGAGACGUUAGAGCAGGAAUACGUAGAACAGAAAGAGAAGAACGAAGAGCUCGAGCGAGAGAAACAGACGUUGACUGAGCAAUUGCGCGCCGCCCAAACACAGUGUGAAGAAUUGCGCAGUGCUGAGAAAGAGCUUAAAAUACAGCUUGAAACAUUGGAAAUCGAAAAGGGAAAUAUGCUUUUCGAAUUGAACGAGCAGAAAUCAUUGGACUCUAAGCAAACUGACGACGAUGUGCUACUGAAGAGCGCCGAGGAGAAAUGUCAAAAUUUAGAGAGCCAAUUGGCGCAUCUGAGCAAAGAUCACGCGGAUUUGGUAGCGGCCCUGCAGACACAGAAAACAGCAUUGCAGGAAGCUAUAAUGAAACGAGAGGAAGCCGAAAAAUGUCUUCUGGAAAAAGAUAUGCUAAUAAAGCGCCUAGACGAAAACCUGAAAGAGGAUCUUAGCAGUGAAAUGCAGAAGAAACUCGAUAACCUCACUUCGCUUAAUCACGAGUUAAAGCAGGACUUAUUGGCGAAAGACAUAGUGCUAGAAAGUCAGAAGAAGAAAUUGCUGCAAGCUCAAGCCAAUUUGAAUGUGUCCGAUGGUAAAGUGCACGAACUCGAAGAGUUAGUAGCAGAAAAAGAGAAAGCAUUGGAGACUUCGCGUAUACUACUGGAUGAGAGCGGAAAGGCAAAGGACGAACUAAGUGAAAAGUUACGGCAACAGAAAGUAAAUCUCGAACAGUUAAAGCAACUGAAGCAGGAGAAAGAGACUCUUCUGAACGAAUUCGAAGAGCUCAAGAAGAAGUGUGAAGCGCAUAGCGACGAGCUGAAGGCGUUGCAAGAAUCAGCUGUCACAUCCACCAGCAAUGAUGCCUCCGCAAUCACACGCAUUGCCCAACUGGAAGCCGAGCUCUUGGCAACAGUUGAACUGCAGAAGUCCGUCGCAACGUUGAACUACGAGAAGAACGAAAUGAUUAAGGCGUUGCAGCAGAAGCAUGCCGAGAACAUGCAAUACUACACCGAAAUCCAACGCUUGCAGGGAAUCCUGCAACAGCAGCAACUACAAACCACUCAAGCGACAACUUGUGCUAAGUGCACGACGCAUGAGAGCACGCUCAGCGACUUGCGUAAAGAGUUGGAAAAGCAGCAGGAUCAAAUAAAAUUCCUCAAAGAGAAGUCCGACAUAUUAACGACCAAUUUGUUGACGGAGCAGACCAAUCAGCGGCUGGUGAAGCAGGAGAAGACGGAGGUGGAAGAGCAGAACGCAGCCAUUCGUAAGGAUUUGGAGCGACUACGAGAACAUUUGCUGGAGAUCGAAGACCUACACACACAGGAGACGGUCGAAAUGCAGCGGGAGCUGGAGGAGACCAAGGCGAAAAUGGUUGCGCUGCAGGAUGACGUGGCGAAAUCAAGCAAUGCAUACACAUCGGCAAGUAUACGCGCCAAUCAGCAUGCCGAGACGUUACAAGCGCAGUACGCCCUUGUACUACAGCAGCGCGACGAGUUAGUGAACAAGCUGAGCUUGGCCGAAGAUCGAGAGUCGAAGAAUCAGGCGGCGUUGUGCAAUCUGCAGUGCGCGCUCGAGCAGUUCCAAAAUGACAAGCAGAACGACAUCAAAGCUGCCACCCACAGCAUACGUAAGGAGUUGCAGCGGGAGCAGCAGAAGCAGGCGCAGUUGCAAGCGGAGAUCGGCGCCUUGCAGCAGCAGCUGGGCGAGGCCAAGCAGGGCCUGUGCGCCGCGGCACGGCUGGGCGACCAGUUGGAGGCGUGUCAGCGCACAAUCGCAGUGCUGCGCGAAGAAGUUGAAACACUGAAGCAGCAGAAUGAGCAGCUAUCCACGAAGCUGAAGCUGAGCGAGUCUAGUCAGUCGGACAAAAUAGAGAAGAGUCUCAUAAAGAGCUUGCUGAUCGGCUAUGUGGUGAGCAGCAAUCCGAAUGACAAGAAUCAAGUGCUGCGCAUGAUUUCGUCUGUGUUGGACUUCUCGCAAAGCGAAUCGGACAAAGUGGGCCUGAACAAGCAGCAGUCAAGUUGGCUGGGCGCCAUACUGGGCGGUGGUGCAAGCGCGCAAGGUGUACAUUCCAAGGAGAAUUUGGUGCAGGCGUUUGUGCAGUUUCUCGAGCAGGAGUCACAGCCUAAGCUCGAUGACGCUAACAUGCCCAAUUUAUUGAACAUCACUCAACAAAGUAAUCCGCCAGCAGGAUCAAUCAGUCAGUCCGCCCGCCGCGUAUCCACAUCGAGCAACAGCGGUGCAGCUGCUGGGACCGCCAGCAUGCCGGCGCCCAUUCCUAUCCAGCCCCUACUGGUGAAUGACUUUGCACCGUCGCGCAAUUCCAGCUCAAUUCUAAAGGAUAUUUUGAAUGAUUCUUGAUUGUUGUAAGAUCCCUUCUUGCAUUUCAUGCUGUAGUUACCUUUAUUUUUUUACUCAUACUUUACUCUAAAAUACUUGCAAACCACUUUAGCACUUUUGCAUCGGGGUUAAAUCCUCUCUUAGAAUUAGUAAGUGUACCUACAAUAGAUUUUUUUGUUUCUGCGUAAAAGUGUUUUCUGUAUCUGAUCUGUUAAGUCUUCUAUUUUUUAUUUUUAAUUUUCAGUAUAUAUAUAUUUGUAUUGUUCGCUAUUUGGUCUAGUUAUAAAUGAAUGUAAAUAAAUUAUGUAUAAUAAAUA